UUGUGCAAGCUCUCGUAGAGUUGGAUAUUGUGCUUUGCCUUGGCAGCAAGGAAACAGAUCGCCUGGGUUUUUCUUGUAUUUACUAGUGAUCGUAGCAAUGGGCAAGGACAAAGUCAGACGGCACAGAGCUCUGCAUGAGCAGAUCGUCUACGACGCCAGCGUUCGUCCCAGCAAGCGGAAGGAGAAAGAGCGAUCGCGUCGCGAUGAUGACGAGGAAUUUGUCAGCGCUGAGCAAACAGCACGCAUCUUGAGUGAGGCACGAAAGCAGCAGGACGAACUGGAAGCUGAGUUUGGCCGUGCGCCGAAGAAGUCGCAGAAAAAGAGCAAAGGUGGGAGAGGAGCUGCUGCUGCUGCUGCUGGGGCCAAAGCCCCAUCUCUUUCACUGGGUGGUGACAAGAGUGAUGAGGAUGAAUCAGAGAAUGAGGCAGAGUUCCUGCUGUCCGCCAAGGACGAAUUCUAUGACCAUGUGCCUGUCAGUGAAGCGGAGGAGCGAGCCUUCUCUCAGUUUUUAAACCCUCAGCCCGAGGCCAGGAGAACGCUGGCGGACAUUAUCAGCAGCAAGCUGGAGGAAAAGAAAACAGAGAUUGCCACCAUGAGGUCGGAGGUGAUGACGGAGGCAUCCCGAACACAGCCUGUGGCUGGUGUGUCACCGGAGAUGGAGCAGCUCUUUGGAACCGUAGGCGAGAUCCUGGCGAAAUACCGCAGCGGCAGCCUGCCCAAGGCGUUCAAGAUGGUGCCGAGUAUGGAGAAUUGGGAAGAGCUUCUGUUCAUCACAAACCCGGACUCAUGGUCGGCAGCCGCCAUGUACCAGGCCACUCGCAUCUUCUCCUCCAACCUCUCCGCGGCACAAGCUAAAGAAUUCUACAGCCUGAUUCUGUACCCGCGUCUUCGUGACGACAUCGCUGAGUAUCGCAGACUCAACUUCCACCUGUACAUGGCCGUGAAGAAAGCAACAUUCAAGUCAGCAGCAUUCUUCAAAGGAAUCGUUUUGCCUCUCUGUGAGAGCGGGACGUGCUCAUUGCGGGAGGCAUUGAUCAUCGGCAGCGUUGUCGCUUCGGCCUCCAUACCAAUCCUACAAUCCAGCGCCGCAAUGCUCAAGAUCGCCGAGUUGCCCUACUCCGGUGCCUGCAGCAUCUUCCUGCGCAUCCUCCUGGACAAGAAGUACGCCCUGCCGUAUGUCGUCGUCGAUGGCCUUGUGCAGCACUUUAUGCGGUUUGAGCACGACAGGCGCGAACUGCCCGUCCUGUGGCACCAGGCACUGCUCACGUUCGUAGCGCGCUACAAGAAGGACAUCAGCGACGAGCAGAAGUCUCUGCUGUAUCAGCUGCUCCAGAAGCACUCUCACCCGGGCAUCACGCCGGAGAUUCGUCGGGAGCUCGUCGCCUAAGCUCGAGUCCAGUCCACUGCGCGUCUGCGCCCUUUGUUGAUCAGGGAGUGGUAUUUUUUUACCACUCGCUCAUUCAAUACUAACAUUGCUGAGUUGCUCUGUCUCUCUCUCUCUUUGCUGAUGAGUUCUAACUUCAAUACUGCUAUACCUGAGUAACGGUCAUUGAUGAGGGCCUAAGGUCUACACGA